UUGAGGCCUAUCAAUCUAAGGAUAUUCCAGAAAUGGAGUCCUUCAUCUCUGCUGUUUUGUUUCCGUCUCGGGUUCCCAAUACCGGUCGCUGUCGCCGUCAACAUUUGUGGCCAUGACUACCAAAACGCAAGAUGUCCUUCUACUAUGCUCGUGAUAUGAGGGUCAACGCAAGUUGCUUCGGACUAUAUGACGAGCACUCUGAAGCGCAAAUUGCUGACUCGGGGAAUUUAUGAAAUAGGCUUUCCACAAGUUGGUGAAGAGCAACGCUUACUACAGCCGCUUCCAGACCAAGUUCAAGCGCCGCAGACAAGGCAAGACCGACUACUACGCCCGCAAGCGCCUCAUCACCCAGGCCAAGAACAAGUACAAUGCUCCCAAGUACAGACUCGUUGUCCGUUUCACCAACAAGGACAUCAUCAUGCAGCUCGUCACCUCUGAGAUCACUGGCGACAAGAUCUUCUGCGCUGCUUACGCCCACGAGCUCCGCGCCUACGGCAUCAACCACGGUCUUACCAACUGGGCCGCUGCCUACGCUACCGGUCUCCUGAUCGCCCGCCGUGCCCUCAAGAAGCUCGGCCUCGACGAGUCCUUCACUGGUGUCGAGGAGGCUGAUGGUGAGUUCACCCUCACCGAGGCUGCUGAGCACGAUGGCGAGGAGCGCCGCCCCUUCAAGGCCUUCCUGGAUGUCGGUCUUGCCCGCACUUCCACCGGUGCCCGUGUCUUCGGUGCCCUCAAGGGUGCCUCCGACGGUGGCAUUCUCGUCCCCCACUCCGAGAAGCGCUUCCCCGGUUACGACAUGGAGACCAAGGAGCUCGACGCUGAUGUCCUCCGCAACUACAUCUACGGCGGUCACGUCGCUGAGUACAUGGAGACCCUCGCCGACGACGAUGAGGAGCGCUACCAGGGCCAGUUCAAGAUGUACAUCGAGGAUGAUGUCGAGGCUGAGUCCCUUGAGGAGCUCUACACUGAGGCCCACGCUGCCAUCCGCGAGGACCCCUUCAAGAAGGUUGAGUCUUCUGAGCCCAAGAAGUCCAAGGAGGAGUGGAAGGCUAUCUCCAAGAAGUACAGAGCCACCAAGCUCACCAAGGCCCAGAAGGAGGAGCGCGUCCAGGAGAAGAUCAAGACUCUCCUUGCUGCUCAGGACGAGUAAGGGGUUGUAUUUCGAUGAUAAAAUGGGGUUGCAGAUGCAUUGAUUCCCACUUGGGUCUGGAGUUUGAAAGGAAGGCAACGGUCCAUACUCAUGUUGAGACGAAUAAAAACACGCACUUUUUGAUACCUUCCC